UGCCCAUUUCUCUAUCGUCUCGUCUCGUCUCGUCUCUUCUGCUUCUGCUUCCACAAAACCCUUCUCUUCCGUUCUGCUUGGGAACUCGCUCCCAUGGCCUCUAAGGAGAAUGGCGCUCCGAUCUCCGCCGCCGAGGAAGAGGCGGCGAAGUUCGGUUUCCAGCGGCCGGAGAUGUACUCCACCAACCUCGCGAACACUGUCGACGCCUACGACCGCCACGUUUUCCUCUGCUACAAGUGCCCCGAGGCCUGGCUCCCUCGCGUGGAGGACUCCGACGCGGAUCCGCUCCCCAAGGUGCUCUCCGCCGCCGUCAAAGCUCGGAAGAAUGACAUCACUGUGAAGACAAAACUGACGAUAUGCGGUGGAUGCGAUGGGACCAACUGCUCAGACGGAGAUGUGUUGAUUUUCCCUGACAUGAUCAAAUACAAGGGUUUGACAGAGUCAACUGUGGAUGAAUUUGUUGAUGAUGUCCUUGUGAAUGGGAAGCCAUGGUCGUCCGGUGUGCAGGAGGCUGUAACUGGUUCCCAUGUAUUUGUGUGCGCUCAUGGUAGUAGAGACAAGAGGUGUGGUGUUUGUGGCCCAGCUCUUAUUGAAAAAUUUGAGGAGGAGAUAGAGCUGCGUGGGAUAAAGGAUCAGGUGUUUGUUAGCCCAUGCUCUCACAUCGGCGGCCACAAGUAUGCUGGGAACUUGAUCAUAUAUAGUCCCGAUUCAGAGGGAAAGAUAGCUGGCCACUGGUAUGGUUAUGUUACUCCUGAUGAUGUGCCGGAAGUGCUUGAUCAGCAUAUUAGCAAGGGACAAGUGAUCGAACGACUCUGGAGGGGGCAAAUGGGAGCUUCACCAGUGGAAGGUGAGAAGACAAAUGAGAAGCAUCGGAAGGAAAAGAAGCACAAGAAGCGCCACCAGGAAACCCCUAUUGAGGAUAAGAAGGAAGCUCCUGCUUCUGGGUGUUGCCAAGGCGCCAAUGGCUUAUCGUGUUGCAAAGACGGGAACUUUGAGGACAAGGAGGUAGCCUCUGAACCGAAAGGAAAGAAAGGCCUCUGCAACCUGUCAUGCUGGGUUGGGAAAUGGGAGCAACGUGAACUCCUCACAGCCGCUGCUGUUGUUGGAGCCGUUGCAACCGUGGCCGUCGCAUAUAGCUUCUAUAAGAGGUCUCAUUGAAGAUAGUAAUUGCUUGUUUGCGUCCAACAGUCUGUUUUUGGGAGGGUUUGAUGCCCCAUAAGGUUUACUUGUUAAAGGUGCUUUAAGAAUAAGAUUCUGAACCCGGGCUUCUUCCUGAGGAGACUGACUCGCUUAAGUCGUGUUAGCUUGCGCAUGGCUAUCUAGUCUAGUAAAAGAAAAAUUCAUACUUCUGUCCACUUUUAUUACGGACAGCACUACAGUCGGACGUUAAGAAUUCUAUCAAGUUGCAUUUCCACAUUAUUCACUUA